AUGGAUUUCCUUAGCUUUGUACUGUGCCUCCUUCUAGCAUGGAUUGGGAUUCAUUUAAUCCUCUCAAAUAUAAAGAAAAACAAUGAGUUAAACCCAAGAAGAUUACCGCCAGGUCCUCCUACAAUACCCAUUUUUGGCAACCUUUUCAACCUUGGAUCCAACCCACAUAUCUCCUUAACAGAACUUUCCAAGAAGUAUGGCCCACUUAUGACCCUGCAGCUCGGGCGUGUGCCAACCGUGAUCAUUACUUCAGCUUCCAUGGCUAAAGAAGCCCUUCAAAAGAAUGAUCUUUCCUUCUCGAAUCGUAUGGUCAUUGAUGCAGUUUAUGCAGUCAAUCAGUAUCAGAAUUCGGUUGUCUGGCUUCCUGUGUCAUCACCCAAAUGGCGAAACCUUCGCAGAAUCUGUAACUCCCAUGUUUUUUCUGCUGGUAGACUUAAUGCUAGCCAAUGUAUUCGGAUGAACAAGAUAAAGGAUCUCAUUUCGUAUGUCGAAAAAUGUAGUGAAGCUAAUAUAGCAGUGGAUAUUGGGCAGGCUGCGUUUACUACGACUCUGAAUUUGUUGUCAAAUACUUUCUUUUCAGUGGAUUUGGGUGACCCCAAUUCGGAAAUUUCUAGGAGAUUUAAAGAGAUUAUAAGAGAUAUAAUGGAAGAUGCAGGAAAACCCAACUUUGCAGAUUAUUUCCCAAUCUUGAAAAAGAUUGACCCACAAGGAAUCAGGCGGCGAAUGGCGAUUAACUUCCAGAAAAUGAUAGAUUUAUUCACCUCCUUGAUGGAUGAACGCCUUGAAGGGAAAAGACCAUCAGAUUCAAUUCAGGGGAAUGAUGUUCUUGAUGCAUUGCUAGGCAUUAAUCAAGAAAAAACUGAAGAAAUUGCGCCAUCACAUAUCCCUAAUCUAUUAGUGGACUUAUUUGGAGCAGGAACAGACACAACAUCGAGCACAUUAGAGUGGGCAAUGGCAGAAUUGCUACGAAACCCAAAAAAAAUGAAGAAAGCUCAAAAGGAACUUCGAGAAACAAUAGGAACAGGGAACUUAAUAAAUGAAUCAGACAUCACUCGAUUGCCAUACCUGCAAACAGUUGUAAAGGAGACAUUUAGAUUACAUCCAGCAGUACCAUUUUUAGUACCCAGAAGAGUUCAUAAAGAUGUGCGGUUAUUUGGAUAUACAGUACCGAAAAAUGCACAAGUUUUGGUCAAUGUAUGGGCAAUUGGGAGAGAUCCUGAUCUUUGGGAAAGACCCAAUUCAUUUGAGCCUGAAAGAUUUAUGGGUUCAGAAAUUGAUGUAAAGGGUCGUGAUUUCGAGUUGAUUCCAUUUGGUGCUGGUCGUAGAAUAUGUCCUGGGAUGCCAUUAGCAAUACGGAUGAUCCAUUUGAUGUUGGGAUCAUUGAUUCAUGGGUUUGAUUGGAAGUUAGAAGGUGGGAUUUCACCUGAAAAAAUGGAUAUGACGGAGAAAUUUGGAUUUACAUUGGAGAAAGCUCAAAGACUUCGAGCAAUUCCAUCUCCAGUUCGUGUUUAAUCCUUGUUUUGUGUACUCCUAAAAUCGAAACUUUUAAUCCUUGUGCUGCCCGUUCACAAAUGGGAACGAAGGUUUGCGGCCUAACUGUUCGGCGACAUGAUAUAAGUCGUCAUAAAUUUGCCUGGUUGUAAUAAGCUGUUAAGAGUACUAUCAAGAGUUUGUUAUAAGCUAACUUCAAAAAAGUGUUUGUUAUCAGUGAUGUUAAACUUGUAACUUAUUCAUGCGAGUAGCAAGUGAUUAAGUUUGUUAGAGAAUUACCUUAUCGUUUUAUAUUGUUGGUUACUUUUGACCAAAAAUGUUGUAUAAUUUUAGUUGAAGUGUAACAAACAAUAUGAAAUAGAGGGGUAAUAUGAAGAGGGCUAUGUACUAUUGGUUACAUUUAACCAAAAAACUCGUAUAGUUUUAAUUUAAGUGUAACAAACAAUGUAAAACAAAGGGAGAAUAUAAAGAGGGUUGUGUACUGUUGAGCAUAGCAUUGUAAUAAAAGGUACUCUUGUAAAA